CAAGUGAUCAAUCAGCAUGAAAUCGGUAACACAGUUGGUGAUCGUCCUGAACCUGCUAGGAUGUCUGGUGCAUUCAUUUACCUUGAAGGAGAAUGAUUUACAGAUGUACAUGAGAAUCCGUAACAUAUGCUUAUCGGAGAUUCCGAUCGACGUGAAGCUUAUCGAAACAAUUGAUGCCGGAGGUCCUUUCCCCAAGGAUAGCGAUUUGAAGUGCUUCUAUCAAUGCAUGUUCGAACGGUUCGGAUUCUUCGAUAAGAACGGCGAUAUUUCGGUGGAAAACGUACGUCCGUUUCUAGCAAAGGAAUUUGAGGGUACGAAUGACAAAGUCAUCUACAAGUGUCUAGCAAAAGCGCCUACGAAGUGUCAAUCAUCUUACCUCAUGCAAAAGUGCAUGCUUUACUAUAUGUACCACAUAUCCGAGCUCUAAAUUGACAAUGAAAAAUUUAGUCUAGCAAAGUAAGAACAUUGUACACAUUAAAAAUAAUAAUUAUUUUAUGCCCAUUUUUAUAACAUUUAUCUGUAUUAUUAUUGAAAUAAAUACGUGAAUAAAUAC